UUAGGUAUUUCUUGUUUAAAGAUCAGUUAGUUUUCAGGCAAAGAAGGUUUUGCCUUACCAACAAAAAAAUGGACGCCAUGACUAAACUUGUGCAAGUUGGAAGAAACUUUUGAUAUAAAAUGCAAUCAACAAACUAUUUAAUAUUGUUGUUGUUACUUUUUUGGACCAACCUUGGAUUAGUUGUUGUUAAUUGUUACUCAUCUGAUUUAAUCCAGGAUACUCGGUCAUUGGAGAGUAUUGAUUUAUCCAACAAUGGAAUGUCUACCAUUCCUGAUGAGCUUUUUUGCCAACUUUCCAACUUAGCUACCAUCAAUCUUUCCAACAACCAAUUCUCUGAUGUAGUGUCCAUUGGAUUUUCAGCUAAACGUAAAAACAACGGUCAAACCUCUAGUUGGUCCCAUUGUACUAUCAACACAACAGUCCAAUUGGAUUUAUCUUACAAUCGUCUCAAAGUUUUAACUGAUCGAGGUUUUUCAACUUUAACACACUUGAAAGUUCUUCGACUCAACAAUAAUCGUAUUUCACGAGCAGAAGAAUCUUCCCUUAACGGACUCAGUGAAUUAGCCUUACUUGAUCUGUCCAACAACGAGCUUGUCGCCCUUCCACCAGGUUUUUUUACACCCAUUAAGGCUUCUCUUCGUGAAUUGUAUCUUCAAAACAACAGUAUUUCGGUAUUACCACCAUUUCAAUUUAAUGGACUUCAAUGGAUCCAUGUACUUAAUAUGAGCCACAAUGAAAUAGCCAACAAUUGGAUUAAUACUGAUACAUUUGCUGAGCUAAGAUCUUUAGUGACUCUUGAUUUAAGUUAUAAUCAGUUAAAUAAGAUUGAUUCAUCAACCUUUAGGUCCCAAACUCGCCUUGAAGAGUUGUAUCUCCAUCACAAUAAGAUUGAAAGUAUUGCUGACCAUGCAUUUUCAUCUUUAAGCAACCUUCAAACCCUAGUCCUUAGUUAUAACCAUCUUAACAAAUUGGACUCAGUAGAAUGUUUUUCUGGUCUCAACAAGUUACCCAGUUUACAUCUUGACCAUAAUCGAAUAGAACAAAUUCACAGUGAAAUAUUUCGUAAUUUAACUAACUUAAUGGACCUUAAUUUAUCUCACAAUUGGCUUAAGAAAAGUGUUCCAGGAGCCAUGUCUUGGACUCAUUCCUUGAGAAAUUUAGAUUUAUCUUACAAUUUUAUCAGUGACAUUGGCAACGCAUCAUAUCAAGGGAAUGCUCAACUGUACAGUCUCGAUUUGGAAGGUAAUCAGAUAAAUAACCUUUCUCGGGGUGUAUUCACCGAUUUACCUUUUCUUCGGAUCAUCAAUUUGGCCAAAAAUCAAAUUGAAACCAUUGAGGAGGCAACCUUUGAUGAUGUUCCCGCUCUACAUGUUCUUCGUCUUGACUCAAAUAGUUUAUCCAACAUAAAUAACCUUUUCAACAAUUUAAGGGAUCUACUGAUGCUCAACAUAUCAGCAAACAAGAUUGUCUGGUUUGAUUAUGCUCAUAUUCCCUAUGGUCUUCAAUGGUUAGAUAUUCAUGACAAUCUUAUCGACAGUUUGGCCAACCACUUUGAAGUUCAAUCAUCUCUCCGUUUGACAACUCUUGAUGCAUCUCACAACAGGAUAACUCACCUUUCCAAAGCAUCUCUGCCAAAUAGUAUUGAAGUGGUCUUACUUAAUAACAAUUUAAUCAACCGUAUCGAACUAUCUACCUUUUUAGGUAAACAAAAUUUGACUCGUGUUGAUUUGACCAACAAUCGUCUCACCAUCCUGCACAUGAAUGCUUUGCGUUUGAGUAAAGUUGCACUUCGACGUCCUUUACCCGAAUUUAACAUUUCCAAGAAUCCAUUCCAAUGUGAUUGUAACAUGGAAUGGCUACAGAAAAUGGUAACAACAAAUGAAUCUCGGCAAUAUCCUAAAAUAGUGGAUGUUAAUCAGAUAAUGUGUGACUUUGUUUUCAAAAAGAAAGUUUCGCCAAUGCCAUUAAUUCAAGCCGAUAUGUCAAACUUCUUGUGUCCCUACAAAAGCCAUUGUUUUACUCUAUGCCAUUGUUGUGAUUUUGAUGCUUGUGACUGUGAAAUGAUGUGUCCAGAAAAUUGUGUUUGUUACUAUGAUCAAGGCUGGAAUACCAAUAUUGUUGAUUGUAGUGCCAAUGGUCAUACAGUUGUACCUCCAAGAAUACCAAUGGAUGCAACGGAGCUUCACCUUGACGGUAAUAACAUUGAUAUGCUCUCCAGCCACACCUUCAUUGGCCGUAAAUACAUGAAAAUUCUUCAUCUCAACAAUAGUAACAUCCUUACCAUCAAUAACCGCACCUUCAAUGGCCUCAUAGCCCUUGAGGUUUUAAAUUUAUCUCACAAUCGGCUGAGAACCCUCCAUGGAUAUGAAUUUGAGCGCCUUGUUAAUUUAACCGAGUUAUACCUUGAUCAUAAUCGAAUCUCAUCUAUUGCCAACAAUACCUUCGCUGCCUUGACUUUACUCCAAAUCCUCCAUCUUGAUCACAAUUAUAUCGUUGAAUUUGAGAUAUGGAAUUUCAACAUGAAUUCACAUCUAUUAACAAUUAAACUAGCCGCAAACCCGUGGUCCUGUGAGUGUCACUACAUUGAACCCGCUCUAGAUUGGGUUCACUCAAAGAUCCAUCUAAUAUCUGAUGCUCGUUAUUUGGAAUGUUAUUACAAUGAAACUUCAGGCAUUCCAUUACUGCCUAAAUUUAACAUCUCAUCGUGUACCAAUCUCUCAGCGCGAAAGAUGUUAGCUCAACGUUUCCAAGUUGAAAACUUUGUACCUAUAUUUGUUAUCAGUGGAGCACUUUUGGUGAUAAUUGUUGUCAUUUUCAUUGUGAUUCUAAUCAUCAACUUCUUCUUUAAAGGUGAAAGCUCGAGAGCUCACGCAAGUCCUCAAACGAUACACAAACAUCUAAAUCCACUUGCACACACACAUUCACUGAUCCACACCACCAGAGGAAGUGUAUUCAAUGAUGAUUUAAGGAAUAAGAGAAACGAAUGGAGAAAAUGUUGAGAUUUUUCUAAGUCAAGUUCACAUUAUAAAUAAUUUUUUCCCCUGCUUUGUAUAUAAAAUGUACAUAAAUGUAUACAGCUUUCCUUUUCUUUCCCCGUAAAUUGAGUUUUGGUUACAUGAAAAACCCCAAUGAACUUUUGCCCGUAAACAGUUGGUUAACAUUUUUGUCUAACACUUGUUAAAAUGAUUUUUGUAUAACUAUUGUGAGACUAUUUUUUCAACUUUGAGGUAAAACAGUGAGUCCGUUUUUUGUACCCUUCAUAAAGACAAAGUUCAACAACUACAAUAAUGUACAAUAAUAGGUUGAUAGUUAACAAUGUUGAUUGAAAAACAUUUGAUCAUCUGUUUACAUGUAAAGGUUUACCAAAAGUUUCAUGCCUUUCCAAACUCAAAUUUACACGUUGAGGUGAUUUUCAAUUUCUUGUGACUCCAACAUCAACCAAAAGCAGAUCUGAUACUGAUGUCUUUUAAGCGUCUCAAACCAGAAUUGAGAUAAUUGGAUAUUUCAAAGCGAAAAGAAAAUGUUUCUCUCAAAGAGCUUUCUUUUGGUCACCAUCUUCAUCACCAUCAUCAUUACGAUCAUCAGUAACAUUUAGCAUCUCAACACACAAAAAGGAAUUAUCUGGUUCAAAAAUCUUUUUAAGAAAAAAGUCUAAUCUUUUCAAUGUAUCCACAAAAGGUAUUUCAAGAUGUGCUCACACGAUAUUGAAAAGUGCCUCUAAAUUAAUUUCUCUCUGGCUGUAUAUAAAAAAAUGUAUAUAACUUUAUAUAUAUAUAUAAAAUAUAUGAAACCUGUUCAAUUUUUAU